AUGCCUCGGCCCGGCCGCAACACGUACAGCGACCAGAAGCCGCCCUACUCGUAUAUCUCGCUGACCGCCAUGGCCAUCCAGAGCUCGCCCGAAAAGAUGCUGCCCUUGAGCGAGAUCUACAAGUUCAUCAUGGACCGCUUCCCCUACUACCGGGAGAACACGCAGCGCUGGCAGAACAGCCUGCGCCACAACCUCUCCUUCAACGACUGCUUCAUCAAGAUACCGCGGCGGCCAGACCAGCCCGGCAAGGGCAGCUUCUGGGCGCUGCACCCCAGCUGCGGGGACAUGUUCGAGAACGGCAGCUUCCUGAGGCGCCGCAAGCGUUUCAAGGUGCUCAAGUCGGACCACCUGGCGCCCAGCAAGCCCGCUGACGCGGCGCAGUACCUGCAGCAGCAGGCCAAGCUGCGCCUCAGCGCGCUGGCGGCCUCGGGCACGCACCUGCCGCAGAUGCCCGCCGCCGCCUACAACCUGGGCGGCGUGGCGCAGCCCUCGGGCUUCAAGCAUCCCUUCGCCAUCGAGAAUAUCAUCGCGCGCGAGUACAAGAUGCCUGGGGGACUGGCCUUCUCCGCCAUGCAGCCCGUGCCCGCCGCCUACCCGCUCCCCAACCAGUUGACUACCAUGGGCAGCUCGCUGGGUACUGGCUGGCCACACGUGUACGGUUCGGCAGGCAUGAUCGAUUCGGCCACCCCCAUCUCCAUGGCCAGUGGCGAUUACAGCGCCUACGGCGUGCCGUUGAAGCCUCUGUGCCACGCAGCGGGCCAGACGCUGCCCGCCAUCCCCGUGCCCAUUAAGCCCACGCCGGCCGCAGUGCCCGCGCUGCCCGCGCUGCCUGCGCCCAUCCCCACCCUGCUCUCGAACUCGCCGCCCUCGCUCAGCCCCACGUCCUCUCAAACAGCCACCAGCCAAAGCAGCCCCGCCACUCCCAGCGAAACGCUCACCAGCCCGGCCUCCGCCUUGCACUCAGUGGCGGUGCACUGA